CUUCCUGCACGAGGAGAAUCGUGCCAACCGCCACUUUGACCAUAGUUCCUUCCAAAGUAAGAAGCGCAGAGACCCAUCUCGAAAUUAUUCCCCUCAGCUUCAAGGAUAUCUAUACAAUUUUUGUAACCACGGCUUCAAAGGUGGACAGCGUGUUUUCCUCACUAUCUCUGCAUUUCUUCAAGAAAGAAAUGGAAGAGGGCUCCAGUUCUCCGGUUUCCCCUGUGGAUAGUCUGGUGACCAGCGAGGAGGAGCUGGACAGACAGCAGAAAAGUUUCGCGAGGAAGAGGAGGCACAGCAAAAAGUCCAGCGACGACAGCAGCGGCAGCAGCCCGGGUCCGGUGAAACGGGGGAAGAAGCCGAGUCCGAGCAGCACUCAGUCGUAUGAGGAGCUGCAGAACCAGCGGGUCCUGGCCAACGUCCGCGAGAGGCAACGGACUCAGUCUCUAAACGAGGCCUUUGCGUCUUUGCGCAAAAUUAUCCCCACACUGCCGUCGGACAAACUCAGCAAGAUACAGACGCUGAAGCUGGCCUCCAGAUACAUCGACUUUCUCUGUCAGGUGCUGCAGAGCGACGAGAUGGACAGCAAGAUGUCCAGCUGCAGUUACGUAGCGCACGAAAGACUCAGUUAUGCGUUCUCUGUGUGGAGGAUGGAGGGCGCUUGGUCUAUGUCAGCAUCUCACUAGCACCCACAGACCGUCACUUCCAAUGCCAAAGCGACUGUUAACUUCUACAAAGUAUGAAAACCACAGGGAUUAUUGAAGAACCCAUGGACCUCAAAGGCAUGGCGCAGAGACGUAAUGCGAGCCACAACUACAAACUCUCUGGGAGUGAGUGUGGAUGUCGACCCAUCGCACUGCUUCUGAUCGUCCGGAGCUGUUUGUGGAAGAGAGAGCGGGGGAAGCAGGAAUAGAGACAGAGCCCUGUGAUGUGUGUAGGCCUAAAAGAUGUUACAGCGAAUAGCUCGGAUUCACGGCCUGUAUUCCACCAAAGCCAUCCUUUAAUCGUUUUUAGAAGUAAAUAUAUUUUUGUUUUGUUUUGUUUUUUAAAGACUUUAAACCAAAUUAUAAAUAUAUAUAAAUAAAUGCAUAUUGUAAAUACUUGUGUCAGUACGCCUAUAGCCUGUAAAGGGACCAAUGCAAUUUAGAAUUUUUUUUUCGCUGCAUGGAUUUAGUUCAUCGACUUUCUUUAGCAAGUCUCCAUCCAAACUCCGUCCAGUGUACUUUUUUUUUGUUUUGUUUUGCUUAUUUAUU